AACAGCGUCUGGGCUUCUUGUCUGCUGAAGCUGCUAAGUUCAGUGCUUGGUUUAGCUGCCAGAUGGACAAGUGAAAAGUAACCCACUCUCGUAGAAACUGGUCGAAUCUUUCUGUGUCUUCCCGAGCUGAAACUCUUUGCGAGAGGAUUCCAACCAUGCUCGAUUGGGUCCCAGCACCAAGGCUGCUGCUGAUUCUCUUCUUAACUCAAAGCGUUGGAGAGGCUCAAAGGAUAACUCAAGAUGCCUUACUUAUGCAGUAUAUUGAGCGACGCAUCAAUAUAUUGGAGGACCGACUGGCAAAGUGUAACCAAGACAUGGUGAAGUACGUGAGAGAAUUCAGGGAUUUCAAGAAAGAAAUCACAGUUCGGGUGGAUAACAUGAACAAUUACAAAACUGAGUUUAAGAACGAUGUGGAGAAUCUGGGAUCCAGAAUCGAGCGGGUGGAGAGAGACAUCGAUUACCUAGAGACACAGCAGCCCUCCCAGCCGUGCGUAGAGAUGGACGAGAAGCUGGUGGAGGAGCAGUUCAAACAAGCCGAAGAGAAGAAGAAAGCAAAGCUCAAGAUGAUUUCAGAUUGUGAUAUCAUGCUGACCGGCAUCAAGUCGCUGAAAAUCGUCAAGAAAGCUGGCGACGAUCAAGGCUCUUGGAUCAAGGACCCGGUGAAAGACUCCCAGAGGAUUUACUUCUUGAGCGGAACAGACAACAACGUUCUUUCCGAGUUCGCCAACAUCAGGGCGUUUACAGACAGCGCUUACUUGCGGUCGGCACAGAACACGGUGUUGCCUUACGGCUGGCGGGGAACAGGACACACCGUGUACAACGGCUUCCUGUACUUCCACAAGAACGACACCGGGAACGAGAUCAUCAAGUACAACCUCCGCAACAAGACAGUCAGUGACCGCAUGCUCCUGCAGGGGGCCGGGCGGGUUCCGGCUUACCAGCUCUCGCCCUACACCCUGAUAGACCUGGCCGCCGACGAGCAGGGUCUGUGGGCCAUCCACGGCGACGAGGACAACGGUGGCAUCAUCGUGGUGACCAAGAUCGACCACAGCAGCCUGGCGGUGGAGCACUCCUGGGACACCGCAUGCAGUAACCAAGGAGCGGAGGCCGCCUUCAUGAUCUGCGGGACCCUGUACGUGGUCUACAACCACGAGCACGGCGGCCGGUCGCGCAUCCAGUGUAUCUACGACGUCACUGACGUGGUCACCACCGACGACCUGCCCGUCCUCUACUUUCCCAAGCGCUACGGCAAACACUCCAUGAUCCACUACAACCACCGGGAACACCAGCUCUACUCCUGGGACGACGGUUACCAGACAAUAUACAAACUCAUCACCAAAAAGAAGCUUGAGCAUUAAACGUCUCCCCUUCCUCUCCCCCCUCUUC